UUUUCAAUUGACAUGUUUUUAUGAAUUUUCAGGUGGAUCGAUUUCUGCAAACUUUUUCGACGAGGUUUUUAGGUCAAGGGGUUUGGGCGGUGGUGGGGGUUUUCCGAUGGCCGUGAUGACGGCGGAGUUAUUUUGCCCACACAUGAAUUCUUCUAUUUAAUCAAUUUAUUUACACAAUUCAAUUUGGAUUGAAAAUUAAGAAUUUCACGAUUUGUUGGGUACAAUCUGAGGCUAAAUAUGAGAUAUAUGUGUGAUGGAAAAAAGUGCCCUAGAUAUUGAUAUGGAAGUGCCUCAGUGUUCCGAAAUUGAAAUGAUGGAAAUGGGAACAUCUGAGGCUGAACCUUUUAGUUCCGACAAGAAUGUCGAAGGAUGUCAUAGCAAUGUGAUUUUCUCGAGAGAAGCCCCUCUCGUUAUUAAGGAAGAUUUAAACGCAAGUCCUUGUAAUUGCAGCGUCGAGAAACUUAAAUCCAAAUUAGCCGCUUCUGCUUCUGCUUCUGAUAAAGGGAAAACCGAGAGGAAAUUGUGCCGACAAGAUAGGAUUGAGUUAGGGCGGUUGUUUCAAGGGGCUGUGAGUUCGCACGAUUGGGAACUUGCUGACAGUCUGGUCGUCUUAGCGGACCCUCAGACUCUAAACGAUGCACUGUGCAUUUCUUUGGAUUCGAUAUGGUUCUUGAGCAAACAGGAAGAGUUGUAUGGGGUUAAUGGAAUGAUUAAGAGGAUAAUUGAUAGUGGGGCGUACGAUUUCACUCGAGCUGCACUUAGGACUUCUUUUCUUGCUUCGUGUGUUUCUGCUUGUCAGAGUCGGACAAUGAGCCUUGCAGAAACUGUCACAGUGAUGUCACAAAGGUUGAGUGAAAGGCUCCAAGAAUGCAAUGGAGACGAAGUUUUAAAAGCAGAAGCCAGUGCAAAAGUCCAGAAAUUCACCGAAUGGGCACUUAAAUGCAUAAGUUUCCAUUCUCGAUCCCAAGGAAAUACGGACAGAGUAUUUCAAAGCUCUGCUGUUGAGAUACAACUACAGUUAUCGGCUUUCAAGAACUUCCUCGAUCUAGCUGGCAAUCGUCUUUCUGGAAGGGAUUUCUCCGAAGCAUUUGAUGCUGCUUGUUUCCCACUUACAUUAUUCUCAAGUACGUUUGACCAUAGUUGGGCCUCGGGUGCAUCUGCAACUGCAGUACAAGGUUUGUUGGAUAUUCUUGUUGAUGGUGGUGCGGAUAAUGUUAACCAGUGUUUUCUUGAGGCUUCACGUUUUGGGAGCACAGAACUUGUUCGCAUUUUAUUGCAGAUUGCUCAACGCAACAGCUUGGAUGUGGAUGCUGACUUGGCAUUAGGAUUUGCCUCUCACUACGGCAAAAUCGCCACGAUGGAAUGCCUAGUCGAAGAGGGCAACGCCACCGCUUUCCUCGGUCCACUGAUGAGAGCCGCCGAACGAGGCUCAAUGACGGUGGUUCAAUGGUUCAUCCAAAAGGGCUGCAGAGAGAUGGAGCUCUGCCUAGCCCUCACAGCCGCCACAUCCACCAGCCAGCUCUCAAUCGCCGCCCACCUCCUCCCCCAAGUCCCCCACCACGUCAUCACCGCCCUUGCCCCCGAGAUCCUAAAAGCUGCCGGCGAACGGAGUGGCGGGUCCCUCGACGGGGUCGCCUUCCUCCUACGUGCCGACUUUCUGGCGGACCCCGUCGCAACCUACGCGGUUGCUGACGUCAUCGCGCGGUCGUCCGGCGAGGAGGGAGCGGCGACCCCCGAGCUGAGGGCUUUUUUACGCGAGCAUUGGUCGGAGGAGGCUUACUUGGAUGGGUUGAGAUUAGGGGAAUUGCAUUUCUUGAAUGUGGUGAGGAUUUUGAAAAGGGGCGGAUUGGAGAGUUGCUUGAGGGAUCUUCCGGGCCCGUUACAGGUGGCGGUUGCUUAUUUGCCGCUGUAUAGGGAGUGCGUGGGGCCGGGGGGUAAAUUGUUGUCGCAGAGGCAUAGAGGGCUGCUUGUGGAAGCUUCUAGAAGGCUUGGGGGUGUGGUGCUGGACGAACCGGGGCAGAGGAGGGAGUUGUUGGCGGUAUUGGAGCAGCAUCUUCCUCCGUUUUUGCUCGAUCGCGCUGGUGUGGAUUAUUAGUACAGAUUUUGAGAGUGAAGUCUCCUUUUUUUAUUUUUUUCUUUCUUUCUUUUCGCCAUUUGCAUGUCAUGGUAUAGAUAAUAAACAAAGUAUUGAGUCGUUUUUUCGGUAGUUAGGUAGAGUACUUGUGGUCGUUUCGAUGUUGGUUCUUGGUUGAUGCUGAAAACAUACUUGGAAAGGAUGCCUCUUAAACAACCUUAUUAUUUGUAAGAGAAACUGUGUACAAGUAUGUAGUUGGCUAUGUAUUAGAGGCAUAUAUCAAUGUAUGUAUAUUGGUCACCUUUGUCGUUGUAAGAUUAUUCCAAAUCAUCUUAUACUCGAGUCUUAUUCGGUUCUUGAUUAUUAAGUUUCAUCGAC